GUUUUAUCUGUAAUUACGGUAAAUCUACAGCUGUUGCGCUUUUUGUGCACUGUUUUAUUUGGUGUUUAAUUGGUUUUCAGAUGUGCAGUUAAAGUAUGAGUGAAAUGAAGCGCUUGUUCGUAUGAAUAACAGAUGGCAAAAAGAACGGGGAGAUGGUUUAUAAGCAGCAUUACGUAAAUAUAGAGAUACAAGCUUUUUUUAAUGCUGUAUUUAAAGGACACUCCCGCUCCUAAUCAGUAGGUGGCGCUGAUGCGCCUAAAAGUUGUAUGUCAUCCGCCAAAAAAAAAACAAGAAGGAGGAAGAUAAAUUGCUUCUCAAUGGAAGUAACGCCUCACAGCUCGAGUCUGGAUUUGAGAUCAAUACAGCUAUUUUCUAUAUCACAUCCGUACGCGAUAUUAAUUGAUUAGCGACGCUAAUGGCCGCAGCUAGUAAAAGCGGUAAACGAAAGCGGAAAGAUAACCCCAAGCGAAGCAAAGUCAGCCCCAAACGGCAAAAAGUCAACAAGGAUGAUCGAAGACACAUCGCUGCUCUUAUUCUCGCCCGGGGAGGAAGCAAGGGCAUCCCUCUGAAGAACAUCAAGGUGCUGGCAGGAGUUCCCUUGAUCGGAUGGGUGAUCCGAGCGGCGCUGGACUCCGCCGUGUUUGAUAGCGUUUGGGUGUCCACCGACCAUGACGAAAUCGAGAGGGUGGCCAGGGCUUGGGGGGCUCAAGUGCACAGGAGGAGCGCAAAGGUGUCCCAGGACGCCUCGAGCUCGCUGGACACCAUCCAGGAGUUCAGCAGUGAAAACCCAGGCGUCGGUGUCAUCUGUAACAUCCAGGCCACGUCUCCGUGUCUGCACCCCAGCGAUCUCAAGAACGCUGUGGAUUGCAUCACAAAAGAAGGGUGUGAUUCCGUCUUCUCUGUGGUGCGGCGACACCAUUUUCGAUGGAAAGAGGUCAAGAACAAAGGCUGCCAAUGCACUAAGCCGUUGAACCUGAACCCAGCAUGCAGGCCGCGGCGUCAGGACUGGAAAGGAGAGCUCUGUGAAAACGGCUCUUUUUACUUUGCUACCAAAAAACUUAUAAAACAAGGGCUUCUUCAGGGUGGAAAAAUGAAGUACUACGAGAUGAAGCCCGAGCACAGUGUGGAUAUUGAUAUUGACUUAGACUGGCCCGUAGCUGAACAGAGAGUGCUGAGGUUUGGUUACUUCGGUAAGGACAAACCUGAAGCUGUGAAGCUUCUGCUGUGUAACUUGUCAGGAUGUCUCACAGACGGCCAGAUCUGCAUCUCCGCAAAUGGAGAGGAGAUGGUGUCCAUCAACACCAAAGACCAGGCCGGCAUUAACAUGCUGAAGAAACAAAAUGUGAAGGUUAUCUUGUUAGAACAAGACCCAAUAACCAAUGCCUUAGCUGACAAACUUGAAAAGAGGAUGAGCUGUACGAUUCUGCAGAAUGUGGACGACAAACUGAAAAAAGUGCAGGAGCUCAUGAAGGAAGAAGGGCUGGAGUGGAAAGAGGUGGCUUAUUUAGGAAACGAUGAGCCGGAUGUGAAGUGUCUGGAACAGGCAGGCUUGAGCGCAGUACCCAUGGAUGCCCCAGCCGAUGUUCGGUAUCAUGCCAAAUACAUCUGCCGCAAUGCAGCUGGUCAUGGAGCCGUGCGAGAGUUCGCCGAACACAUCAUCCAGCUAAGAAAGGACGCCGAGUCCCAGGGUGGAGCAGAGGAGAAAUCACAGAACCACCUUUUAGAAAACAAGAAUACCGAAAAAAGAAAAAUGAAAAAUGGGGUCACGGAAAACCUGCAGAAUCAGAAACGAAAAAAGAUUUGAGAUCAUCUUCCGAAAUCUGGACGAGAGUAGGUGGCUGCCGUGAGGGGAGAAGUGAACUAAACGCAGUCAUGACGGACAUUUUUUAACCUCUAAUUGUGGAGCAGAUAUUGUUAUUCUCACUCGUGUGCUGUGCUGCUGAUAAUCAUGUUUAAAUAUUCUGAACAUGAUAGAAUUUCGGUUCUUUCGCUUUCGUGUGAAUAAAAUAUGAAGAACUACA